AUGUGCCCUACUGAAAUCUCUUGCUUUGCCACUGAUGACUUCUAUCUGACAGCUCUCCACGUACUCACUGCCAUCGAGAUUCCUGUUCAUCUAUUUGGCGCUUAUAUAGUAAUCUUCAAGACUCCUAAGAAGAUGUCAUCUAUCAAAAGUAGCAUGUUGCUUCUUCACUCUAUGAGUGCCUUUUUGGAUUUUUAUUUGAGUUUUUUGACAUCUCCAGUGCUUACGAUUCCAUCUAGUGCUGGGUACCCAUUAGGAUUAUCGAAAUGGUUGGAGGUGCCUACUUCGAUUCAAGUUUAUCUAGGAUUUUCGUUUGUCAGUGCAGUCAGUGUCUCCAUUGUUCUUCUCUUCGAAGGUCGAUACCAUGUGCUCAUUCAUGGAGCCAACACAAUCUACUCAUGGAGACGUAAACUCCACUGUAUCCUCCUUUAUAUCUUAUCAUUCCUAUUCUUCUCUCCCGGCUACCUCGAGAUUCCAGAUCAGUCCCAAGGAAAACUGGCGCUCCUCCAGAAGCUUCCAUGCUUCCCACAAGAACUUCUCAACCGCCCGGGGUUCUUUGUUCUGGCUGUAGAUGCCACUAUCUGUUUGAUCUGUGUCUCUAUCAUGACAGUAUUUUUAAUGUCUCAAGGAUUAUUUUAUGCGAUAUCAAUUGCUUGGAAGCUAUCCCAGUCAUCCCCGAAAUCUAGAACUGUCACUAAGAUGCAAAAGCAGCUGAUGAUCGCGUUAGGCAUACAGGUUACUAUUCCAAUUUCUGUGUUUUUUGGACCAGUGACAAUAUUUUUUUAUCUGAUAUGGAAUAAUAUGUUUAAUCAGGCUGCCACCAACAUUGCAGUCUUAAUGGUAGCUCUUCAUGGAGUCACCUCCACAAUCACCAUGCUCAUUGUGCACCGCCCGUAUCGAGAAGCUUCUCUAGAUGUGUUCUAUUUUUUUGUGCCAAAACAAAGGGUUGACGUCGUGGAGAAUUCAAAGAUAUGGGUUACUGUAGCAGGAGGACAACAUGUUUUGAAAAGUGUCAUGUCAUAG